GUCACCGAAGCGUUAAGAAUUCGGGUAGAAGAUAAAUUUUAGCCCGCCGUGUUAAUGAUCAUUGAAUAAAAGUUUUCAUUGAAAUAUGACAUUACUAGUUACAUUAUCAAGUUAGAAAUUGGUGUGUUUAGGAACUGUUUCAUUAAAUAGCAGACAAAAGAACACCAGGCAGUAACCAAGGAAAUUGACAUAUAUUAAUUGGCACUUGUGGCAGUGAAAUUAAGAUGGCGGAGCUGAAGGGUUAUAGGCCGUCUUCUGCAGGCAGCGAAAUAAAUGGAAAAAAGACGGAAAACAGGAGUACUUUCAAUGGGCGUGUAACGCCAACAGACAUUACAACCAUGGAGAUGAAAGAGAAAAACGGUGUUCAGAAUGGAACUUCAUCAAAGGGCAAAAGUGGAGACACUGAUAGUAAGAAGAGUGGAGAGAAAGAAGAAGCACAGCCGUUGGUUGGAGUGUUUGAAAUUUUCAAAUAUGCAGAAGGGAAAGACGUUCUGUUCAUGAUCCUGGGAACACUAAGUGCUAUGAUUCACGGGUCCGCCUUUCCAGUAAUGAUCAUCGUGUUUGGGGAGAUGAUUGACUUGUUCGUGCAGUCAGGAAAUUUUGCUGAAGUUGCUAAAAACCUGUCAAAAUAUGGCAUCUUGGCGAACUUAAGCGCCACCUAUAAUAUAAGUCUUACAUACGAAGGUGUAAUUGAAGAUCCGUCAUUACUGAAUAACUAUGAAAAUGAUAUAAAGACCCUCUCUAAUGGUACAGUAGAUUUUGCAGCGGUCCGAGAAGCUGUCGAAAAUGAUCUGCUCGAAGUCAUGCAAAGGUUUGCUCUGUAUUUCAUUGCCAUUGGGUGUGCAGUGAUUGUUGUAGGAUAUGGUCAGGUCAUGUUUUGGAUGGUAGCAUCAGAAAGACAGACCCACAGAAUUCGUAAAAGUUUCUAUAGAAACGUUAUGAGACAAAAUAUUGGCUGGUUUGACACGCACGAAUCUGGAGAGAUGAACUCUAGGAUAACCAAUGACAUAUCAAAAAUCCACGAGGGUAUAGGUGACAAAUUGGGUGCAUUUACACAAUGGUUUUGUGGUGGUAUAGCUGGAUUUGUUGUUGGGUUUAUCUAUGGAUGGAAACUCACCUUGGUUAUCUUAGCGAUAAGCCCUUUGUUAGCAGGGGCCGCCUUCAUUAUGACAAAGUUGGUGGGUCUUGCAUCAUCACUAGAGUUAAAGGCGUAUGCCCGUGCUGGGGCUGUUGCGGAGGAAGUGUUGGGGGCCAUACGGACUGUCGUUGCAUUCGGUGGACAGGAGAAGGAAUGUGAAAGAUAUAAUGCCAAUUUGACAGAAGCACGUGAUCUUGGUGUAAGGAAAGGCUUGGUCAAUGGUCUAGCCAUGGGUGUCACAUGGUUGAUUAUAUUUGGUGCAUAUGCGCUUGGAUUUUGGUAUGGAGCAAAGUUAGCUAGAGAAGAAUCAGAUUUGUAUUCUAUCGGAGAUGUGAUGAUUGUGUUCUUUGGAGUCCUUAUUGGUGCCUUCUCUCUUGGAAAUGCUGCUCCAAACGUUCAGAGCUUUGCUAUAGCCCGAGGAGCAGCCUACAUAGUUUAUCAGCUAAUAGAACAGGAACCUCCAAUUGACAGUUUUUCAACAGCUGGAGAGCGUCCACAGCAACUUGAUGGAAAUAUUGUUAUGAGAAAUAUAUAUUUCAACUACCCAUCUAGACCUGAUGUCAAGAUUUUAAAGGGUGUUGAUUUAGAGAUAAGCCGAGGUCAGACCGUUGCUCUAGUCGGGGCUAGCGGAUGUGGCAAGUCUACCAUUGUGCAGCUUAUACAGAGAUUUUAUGACCCAGAACAGGGCUCAAUCCGUAUUGAUGGUAGGGACAUAAAAGACUUAAAUUUGAAAUGGUGGAGAGAACAUAUAGGUAUAGUUAGCCAGGAACCAGUUUUGUUUGGCACUACAAUCAAGGAAAACAUUCGCUAUGGACGCGAGAAUGUUACAGAUGCGGAAAUAGAAGCAGCUACAAAAAUGGCAAACGCAUACGAUUUCAUCAUGAAGUUACCUGAUAAAUUUGAAACUUCGGUUGGUGAGAGAGGUGCACAACUCAGUGGAGGACAGAAACAGAGAAUUGCUAUUGCACGUGCCCUCGUGCGUGAUCCUAAAAUCUUGUUACUGGAUGAAGCCACAUCGGCUCUGGACACGGAAAGUGAAGGAGUAGUACAAGAGGCCCUUGAAAAAGCUAGCCAUGGCAGAACAACUAUUGUGAUUGCCCAUAGACUGUCAACUAUUAAAACAGCUGAUAUGAUUGCCGGGUUUAAAGACGGUCGAAUUGUGGAGAAAGGAACACAUGACGAAUUAAUGACAAAGAACGGAAUCUACUAUCAACUUGUAACACAACAGAGUAUGGUUUCCGAGGACGAUAUUGAGGCUGAAAUGUAUGACAAUCCCAAAAGUCCUCUAAAAGCACAAAAAUCUGUAGUAGAUACACCACUGAAGAGGGUUCUGUCUGUGAAAGGGGAGGAGCUGAAAGAGGAUGAAAAGAAGAAAGAAGAAGUUAAUGCAGGUAUGGGAAGAAUACUUCAGCUUAACGCUUCGGAAUGGUAUCUCAUUGCACUUGGAUUGUUUGGAAGUAUAGUUAAUGGUGGUCUCAUGCCUGCAUUUGCUGUCAUAUUUGCUGAAAUUCUUGGGGUAUUUUCAAAGCCGCGUGAAGAGCAAGAAAAAGAUAUUAAUUUAUACUGCAUCCUAUUUGUGUCUCUUGGAGGUAUAAGCUUCAUCACUUACUUCUUACAGGGAUACAUGUUUGGUCGGUCAGGAGAAUAUCUGACUCUUCGGAUAAGAGCAAUGUGUUUUAAGGCCAUGUUGAGACAGGAGAUAACAUACUUUGAUGACCAUGAAAACAGUGUUGGUGCCUUGACUACCAGACUUUCAACAGAUGCUUCACAAGUCCAGGGGGCUGCAGGUAUACGUCUUGGUUCAACCCUGAUGUCAAUAACUAGCAUAGUAGCAGGUCUGGUUAUAGGAUUCAUCUACAGCUGGAAGCUUACGUUACUAAUUAUAGCUUUCUUACCCUUCCUUAUGAUUGGUGGAGCUCUUCAGAUGAAAAUGUUGCAAGGUGCUGCUGGGAAAAACAAGGAAGCCCUUGAGACAGCAGGAAAAAUAGCAAUAGAGUCAAUUGAAAAUAUUCGUACGGUGGCGUCACUUACUCGUGAAGAGAUGUUUUACAAGAUGUUCUGUGAUGAACUGGAAACACCCUAUAACAACGCCCUGAGAAAAUCCCACGUUAUUGGCAUAUCAUUCUCGUUUUCUCAAGGAGUGAUCUUCUUUGCAUAUGCCGCAGCAUUCUGGUUGGGUGCCUAUUUGAUAAAGCAGGCUGAACUAGAUUAUGUAGAUGUAUUCAAGGCAUUCUCAGCUGUUGUGUUUGGAGGGAUGGCUAUUGGACAGGCCAGCUCAUUUGCUCCCGAUGCUGCAAAGGCUCAGUCUUCAGCUAGCGUCAUUUUCAAGCUUCUUGAUCUCAAACCAGACAUUGACUCUGAAUCUACUGUGGGAGAUCAGCCUAAAGAUUGCUCAAGUGAAGUACGGUUUACCAACAUCAAGUUCAAGUAUCCAACCAGACCUGAUACUGUUGUUCUCAACCAGUUUAAUCUAGACGUAUUGCCAGGCCAGACUGUGGCACUCGUUGGAAGCUCUGGGUGCGGGAAAAGUACGACAGUACAGCUGACAGAAAGAUUUUAUGAUCCUGAAGAUGGUGUUGUGUAUCUAGAUCAACACAAUAUCAAAGACUUGAACCUGCAGUGGUAUAGACGGCAGAUUGGCAUUGUGUCUCAGGAGCCCGUUUUGUUUGACCGGAGUAUCGGAGAAAAUAUCGCUUAUGGUGACAACUCGAGGAAGGUUGAAAUGCCGGAAGUAAUCGAAGCAGCAAGAAAAGCAAAUAUCCAUGAAUUUAUUGCAUCUUUACCAGAGGGUUAUGACACAAGUGUUGGAGAGAAGGGAGCCCAGCUUAGUGGAGGUCAGAAACAGAGGGUGGCUAUAGCCCGGGCUUUGGUCAGGAACCCUAAAAUACUUCUCUUAGAUGAGGCUACAUCUGCACUGGAUACUGAAAGUGAAAAGAUUGUGCAAGAUGCAUUAGAUGCAGCAAGAGAGGGAAGAACCAGUAUUGUGAUAGCUCAUAGACUUUCUACGAUCCAGAACGCUGACAAAAUUUGUGUGAUACGACAUGGUGUUAUCACUGAAAUGGGAACACACAGUGAACUUAUGAAGCAGCAAGGAUUCUACUACAAACUAAACAUGGCACAGCAGAGAAAGAAAUAGAUUCGCUUCAUCUCGGUAACUACUUGGUCUAAAGUUUGCUUUAGAAUGGUACUCCGGUGAAAUAGUUAACGCAAAUGACAGAAUGAUAUUUUGGUCGGGAAGCAAGUAAAAUAUCAAGAUUUAGCUUGAUAUCUCUGUAAAACACCGCAAAAGUUUUAGUUUUUGCUAUAGUUAUUGUUGAAACUUUGUGCAAAGUUUUAAUCCAUAUAAAUUUAGUACCAGUGU